AUGUCCGAAUUUCACGUCCGAGAAGCGCCUAGCUCUGAGCAAGACUUCCUACCGAGAGUAAAACCAAGUCCAAAGAAAUCCAAGAUACCAGGAUCUUUCUCGUACACGGCUAGUGAUGAUGGGACUGACGAGAAUUUGCUCAUUCUUCUGCACGGUCUUGGUGACACAGAACUCCCAUUCUCAAAAAUGGGGAAAUCCUUAAAAUUGCCUCAGACUGCGGUACUUGCACUGCGUGCCCCGGAACAAGUCCCGUUCCUUUACGAGGAAGCGUACCAGUGGUACACGUCCUUUGACGACCUGGGAGAAACAAUUACACGUCCAAACCCAACUCCAGCUCUUCAAUUUCUGUCCAAGGUCAUCGACCAUUUGAUGAAAGACUGCGCCUGGCCUAUCUCGCGCAUUCAUUUCUUUGGGUUUGCACAAGGGGGGUCUGUGGCCGCCGAGUUUGGGAUAUACUGGUGGAAACUGCAAUCGAAAAGCAUCACCUCAGGAAAUACGACAGACGGGACACAAACGCCUGCAGUACCAUCAUUUGGUUCCAUUGUUUCUGUCUCGGGCCCUCUUCUGUCGUACCCCACCCUGCCUUUGCUCUGUCCAACGCCCGUUCUAAUAGUCCACCGAUCUCCACCUGCCGACACAGCGCUACCCUCUGACGCUAUCCCCGCAUUCAAAAAGGGAUAUCAAAAUGUCACCGAAUCAAAGCUGGGGCCCAAACCCGCUGGGAUGCCCGCAUCAAGGCAAGAAUGGGAACCUAUCAUGCGCUUCUGGAGUCAACAUCUCUCCAAACGCCAGAUCAGCGGUCUAUACGAAGUUCUGUCUGGUUCCGGUGUACCUUGA